AUGGCGUCGUGGAAGAAGGAGACAAAGCCGCAACGGCAGGUGUCAACCUCAGCUGUCAAGCACACACUUGCAACCCAAGCCGCUGCAGCAUUAAGUACCACCAUAAUGUACCCAGUUGAUGUUGUGAAGAUGCGAUUUAUGUCACAGGACGGCACGAUUCAGCGGCAACACAAUGGACAAACAUAUCACUCCAUCAGAAAGGCGUUCGCCACUAUAUACCGUGAGGAGGGGCCACGCGCUCUAUUCCGGGGUUGCCAUGUGGCUGUUUUAGGUUCUGCAGCCGCCUGGGGAGUAUACAUGUACACCUAUCGUUCGCUUCGUAAUUUCACCAAUACUGUCAUGACACAAACUUCACAGGGAAGUGUGGAAGACUUUCUUCUUAGUUUACUUGUUUCGGCUGUUGCCAGUACCUGCUCGGCGGUCUUCUGUAACCCUUUUUGGCUACUUAAAACCCGUAUGCAACUGGAUGAGGUUUCGGCAUCUCCUCGGAGAGGUGGCAUGGGAAAUUAUGUUUCUUUUACGCGUGGGUUGAUGUCUACCGUACGAAGUACUGGCUUCUUUUCACUUUGGCGGGGCUUGUCUGCACAAAUUCUGCUUGGGUUACCGAAUUCUCUCAACCUCCCCAUUUACGAGGCACUUAAGUAUUACCGUCUUUGGAGUACGUCGCGUCACACUCUCAACACAUUUGAAAUUUGUGUUUGCUCCACGCUUGCAAAGGUGCUAGUCACAUUGUUCUCACAGCCCCUCUACGUGAUCAAGACACGUUUGCAAGACCACAGAAGCCGGUGUGGUCCGCUGCAGUACGUUUCUUUUCUUCAGUCUUUUUCUCUUAUUUUGCACAAAGGCGGGUGGCGAGGUAUGUACCGCGGUAUUGGGCCUUCAAUGUUGCUGACGGUGCCACGUUCUGUCUUGACCUUCGUUCUCUAUGAGUAUUUUAUGCAUCUUGAAUAA